AAUCAUUCAUCUCAUUAGAGUUUCAGUAUCACUGGGUCACUAGAAUGUUAUAUUUAAAAUAAUAACCGGAUCCAAAUUGUUCUACUGAGAUAAAACACACCGCUAUGUGAAGAGUUGAUUUUUUUUCUCCAGAACUUUUGUGACUUGAACGAAAAGAACUUAGUCUGAGAACAUUAAGUAAUAUGAUGGAGUCAUCUCUCAGUGGUUCUAAUGCAGAUCUUUUGGAGCGGACCGGAUGGAAGAACCAAAUGGAAUUCUUUUUCUCCUGUGUGGGGUACGCUGUAGGCCUGGGCAACAUUUGGAGGUUUCCUUAUUUGGCUUUUCAAUACGGUGGAGGUGCCUUCCUGAUACCUUACACUAUUUCACUGGCUCUCUGUGGACUUCCCUUGUUUUUCAUGGAACUUGCCUUUGGUCAGUUUGCUUCUGUUGGACCCAUAACAAUUUGGAGAGUGUGUCCUCUUUUUCAAGGUAUCGGAAUCGCCAUGGUCCUAAUAACCUUCAUGGUCUGCCUUUAUUACAAUGUCAUCAUUCUAUAUGGGAUGUACUACUGUGUGGUAUCGUUGGUCUCUCUGGAUACAGUAUUGCCUUGGUCCACCUGUGACAACUCCUGGAACACUAAAUAUUGUGUCACAGAAAAACUGAACAUUGUCAACAUGUCAGAACAGCAGGCAGUCAACUCUACAUUAGAUCAUAUGGAUUUUCAAUGUGUGAAUCGAAUCUUGUCCAGAGACAACGUCACCAUGACGUCACUCACAUAUAACUACACCCAGACAAUGUUAAAGUCAUGUGACAUGACUGUCUUGCCUAGCGAGGAAUAUUUCACACGUCACAUACUGAGACUGAAUGAAGCAGAAGACAUCGGCCAUCUUGGAGGUAUCAGUUUAAAGUUACUUGUCUUCUUGGCAUUGGCUUGGUUAAUCCUGUUUUUCAUACUAAGAAAGGGUGUAGAAACCUCAGGCAAGGUGGCUUAUUUUAUGGCAUUGUUCCCAUAUUUUGUUCUGGUGGCACUAUUAAUCCGAAGUGUGACUCUACCGGGAUACUUGGAUGGUAUCAAAUACUACAUAAUACCAGAAUGGGAGAAAAUCGCUAAUGUUGAUGUUUGGAGAGAGGCGGCCACACAAAUAUUUUACUCAUUGGGACUCGCCUUUGGAACACUGAUCACUUUGGCUUCCUAUAACCCGUUCAAACAUAACUGUUAUCGGGACGCCAUUUUGGUCGCUGUUAUUAACUGCUCCACUUCUGUUUUUGCUGGUUUCGUUAUCUUUAGCAUGCUGGGAUACAUGGCUCACGUGACGAACCAGGAUGUACAAAGUGUGACAACUAGUGGUCCAGGUUUAGUGUUUGUAGUUUAUCCUGAAGGGAUCUCAAGAAUGCCAUUUUCAGUCGUCUGGUCCAUAUUGUUCUUUGUUAUGCUGAUAUCUUUAGGCUUGGAUAGUCAGUUUGCUAUGUUUGAAACUGUCAUCAGCGCAGUGGUUGAUGAGUUUCCGAGAACAUUACGCAAGCGCAGAGUCUUGUUUUCUUUCAUAUGUCACGUGGUUGGAUUCUUAUUGGGGAUUCCUUUGACGACCUACGGCGGUAUCUGGGUGCUGACUUUGAUGAACACCUACUCCGGCAGCUACUCACUGAUGUUUACCUGUUUGUGUGAACUGGUUGCACUGAACUAUGUAUAUGGCAAUGCGAAGUUCUGUACGGAUAUAGAAAUGAUGAUUGGCUUCAGACCAAAUCUCUACUGGCGAGCAUGCUGGAUGGUCAUUACACCUGUGACCAUUGUUAUUGUCUUAGCAUUGUCCUGUAUCUUGUACACACCUGUUGGUUAUGGAGAUUAUCAGUUCGAACCCUGGGCUCAGUGGUUGGGUUUUACAAUGGUAUCACUUCCAGUCGCAGCGAUUUUAUUUGUUGCUUUGUUCCAGUGCAUACGUUAUAAGGGCAUCAAAGAAGCCAUGAAACCAAAUUUGAUGUGGGGCCCCGCUCAAAAGGAAUACAGAAUCGGAUCCUACGGACAUCUGAAUGAGGGGCUCGUCUUGGAGUCACCCACUUUUGACCUCGCUGUCGAAAAAGAAACAAAAGUUACUGGAGCGAUCGUGUCAAAGUUAUAACAUUUAAUUAUCUGUUAAUUUGUUUCGUAUCUUGUCAAAGUAGCUCAGGAAAUAUACGUACGAGAGGAUACAAGUUUUACAGCUAUACACUGGAAUCACUCAAUAGCAAGGAAAAUACAAACUCAAAUAUCAGAUUCUCGCCUUUUUUAUGUGGCUAUAGUAAAGAAUUUCAAUCUGAAUAAUAUCAUGAUUGUUGUCUGUUACAGCGUGGUUCGAAUGUAAAGUGGUUCAAAUGUAAACUGGCGUGAAUGUAAAGUGGUGUGAAUGUAAACUGGCGCAAAUGUAAAGUGGUUCGAAUGUAAAGUGGUUCGAAUGUAAACUGGCGUGAAUGUAAAGUGGUUACAAUGUAAACUGGCGUGAAUGUAAAGUGGUUCAAAUGUAAACUGGCGUAAAUGUAAAGUGGUUCAAAUGUAAAGUGGUUCAAAUGUAAACUGGCGUGAAUGUAAAGUGGUUCGAAUGUAAUGUGGUGUGAAUGUAAAGUGGUGUGAAUGUAAAGUGGUUCAAAUGUAAAGUGGUUCAAAUGUAAACUGGCGUGAAUGUAAAGUGGUUCGAAUGUAAAGUGGUUCGAAUGUAAAGUGGUGUGAAUGUAAAGUGGUUCGAAUGUAAAGUGGCGUGAAUGUAAAGUGCUUCAAAUGUAAAGUGGCGUGAAUGUAAAGUGGUUCGAAUGUAAAGUGGUGUGAAUGUAAAGUGGUUCGAAUGUAAAGUGGCGUGAAUGUAAAGUGGUUCGAAUGUAAAGUGGUUCGAAUGUAAAGUGGUUCGAAUGUAAAGUGGUGUGAAUGUAAAGUGGUUCGAAUGUAAAGUGGUGCGAAUGCAAAGUGGCGUGAAUGUAAAGUGAUAUGAAAUAUACCAAGUGGUGUGAUUGCGUGUAUUGAAUGGAAGUGACGUCAGAGAGAAUGAAGCCGGAAAAUGGAUGGAUGAACAAACAUGAACAUUGUAGUAACAUUCUUUAUAACAAUAUUAAAGUGCUUAUAAAAUAGGA